UGAUAUGAUCCUGAAUUGGUUCAUUGUCGAGCUAGAAUUACUUGCCAAAGAAGUCAAUCCAAGUCAUUUGAAUAACAUGAAGUUGUGGCUAAGCCAAUUGCCGUGCUCAAGUAGCCUACUUUGGAGGCAGAUUUAUUUCAAUUGGCUAGAUGAAAUGGUGCAUUUGAAGGCUUAUCAUGAACAUAAAACUUUAUUCUAUUCGAUGGUGGGCUUGGUGGAGCAAGACAAGGUGCUUAAGGACAUUAUCCAGGUGUGUAAACAUGCUAGAGAGCAAUCUGAAAACUGCCAGAAAACGGCCAAGGCAGGAAGCUGUGUUGAGGAAGCUACUUUGAGACUCUAUUUGACACAUAUGGAUGAUAAUCGAGUUAGGAGCUUCCUUCCACAUGAAAGUAUGCAUGUCAAUCUACAAAGGAGGGGCAUUGGUUAAUUCAUAGCAUACGUGGAAGACUCCCAUCGAGUGGCUCAAAGAUGGUAUGGAGGCCUGUUUGGUGACUUGAGCAAAAGGCAGAGUUGGAAUCCUUGUUGCAUUCAGAUUCGUUUGUUUUGAGUUUCCUUGUUGGUUUUAGCUUCUGAUUUCGUUUUAGGUUAAAUUGUAACUAUAUUUAAGCAUCACAAAGGGUCAGUAACAUUAUUC